GGGCGUGUUGUGUCUGGUGGCAAAAGGAACAAACGCGUCUAUUACGCAAGCGCGUUCCAGACUCCCAUCCUUCUGUGAUUCUAGCAGCAGACUGAAAAUGUUAUUGAUUCACAUUCGAGUUGCAGUGAAGGCUGGAGGCUGCCAUUCUUUCGGUGUGCCAAGACUGGCAAUACAAUUGUCAUUUAUUUUUGUGUGUGGGUUAAUAAUAACCAGUGAGAGUGAUAGCAUGUCUUCGAUGACGAGGUCUUCCUUCCGUGACUCUGGUGCCACAUUAGCUUCAUCUGACAGCGACCGCCGAACUGUGAUCGUCGAACGGCUCAACGGAUCAUUUGGCUUUACUUUGCAGAGUUAUGGUAUUCAAUAUCGUGAGGAGUCUGAUGUUGAAAUUGUCACCUACGUCGAUUUUGUGGACCCAAUUGGCCAUGCUCAUAAAGCUGGCCUUCGAUCAGGAGACGUCAUUGUAUCGAUUAACGGGCAAGAUGUGGAGCGUGCGGAUCAUGCGACUUUGGUCUCGAUUAUACAGUCGUGUCCCGACCGAAUCCGAAUGGUCGUCGUCUAUGAAAAUUGCGUCCGUAAAGUGGAACUGCAUAUGAAAUACAUCCGGCUGACGCAGAUGCUGGAAUGGAAGGCUCGCGAAUACCAGGAAGUGUGCGCCAGAGAGAAAACCCUGAUUUCGCGCAUGGAUAAGAGCCGAGGCUCGGGACCGUAUUACACGAUGCAGCACCCCUCGCAAAUAGUCGUCCGUCGCAAUCCGGUGACUUCACCUCCAUCCUCCUGCACUCCGGGUUCUUAUUCCAGCAAAUCCCUGCCACGUCCCCAGAAUCACGCCGAGUUGAUUCAAUCCAGUCCGACGGCUAGCGGCUCGUCAAGUCACACGGGUCCGCGUUGCAGGCAAAAGGGACUGUCCUACCUGUGCAUCGGGCGCUCAUCCGAUUGCGACUGUUGCUUCCGGCCCGAAGCACCACACAAAAUGCAGUCGGCAUCCUCGGCAGCGGGCGCGUCCGAAGCUCAUCACCAUCGUUCAAAGCAGCAGCAAUCUCAAAGCCUGCAGCGCCCGCGUAGUGUCCACUUAUCUUGUUACAAGGAGACUAGCGCGGCUUCACCCGACGAGCGCUACUUGAUUCGCCCAUCGGACCGAACGACGAGUGCCAAUUGUAAAGCUUACGGCGGAUACGGAUUCGGCUAUGAAUAUUCAACUGCCAAAAACCAUCAUCCCAAAAACCCAAUACCUUGCGUGAAUCCUCGGUUGAAUCAUCCGCAGUAUUACGGCCGCUAUCAGACGCAAUCGGUCGCCCCACAUAAAUCGGCCGACGAUCUUCUUUUAGCUGCCCAGUUCCAGAGUCAGUGCCAUUUGAACAACUCGCCGCAUCUCCGUCAACCAUCGUUCCAGGAACCGUUUCAUCCUGUCCAUCGCGGUCCCGUACAACCGACACCGCAACAGCCACAGGUCCAGGCUUUAGAUUCCAUUUCGUUUUACACCCGUCCAACUCAGCCGUCGGCGGGCCAUUCGACUGUCGGUAGAGUGCCAUCCGAGUCGCAUCAUCACCGUCAUCAUCAUCCUCAUUCUCAGCCGCCGCAUUAUCGACCGUUUUACCAGCCACAAGCACAACAACAAUUAAACAGUCCAGGAAACGACGACGAGGGAGGAUUCAACGAGGCCCGACGCUUCCGCACGCUACCGGCUGCAUCCAACGCCAAAAGGGCCGAUUAUCGUUAAUAUAGGCGCCGUACUUUAUUUUGUUUUUUGUUUAUUCUCAUGUCCGUUAAUAUGUUACUAUAUCCGUGUAUACUGUACGUGAUUUAACAGAAUUGUUGAUUGGGUUUUUUGUAACACCGACGUUUCGUUAUAAUAAAAAUAAAAGAACAUUC